AUGGAUGACUACUCGAGCUCCCUCAUGAUCAAGGAGCUUCACGGCGACCUUGCACGGAAAUACAAGACUCAUGGCGCCAAGGUCGAAGCUGCAUGGCGUUCCUUCAACAGGCUCCAGCGCGCAAAAUGCAUGAAAGACGGCAUGGCAGAGGGAGCUGUCCUCAAGCAUUCGUCAGACACAUCUCUCGGCAAUGUCUACAAGUUCAUCCCCGAAUGGAAUCUCGCCGAUCUUACGGACCCGAAAUCCGAUCGCUUGCUCGAUAUUCUCAAGCAUCGGGCUACGACGUCCCUCUCUGAGCAGUACAGCGAGGGCGUGAAUGGCUCGCCUGGAGACUUUGAGUUGAUCGAUGAGAUGACCAAGAAGAAGAAUCUCCGCCAUGUCAACCCAUUCACCAACUGCUAUACCUUUUUUUACGAUGAGAAAUAUGGCGAAUCUAUCCAAGUCUCAUCAGAACACAUAGACGAGGUCUUGGCUAGCCUCCGUGUUGCCAUCGAUCGUGGCAUUCUUGUUCCACAAUCUUUGGGAGAGCUCAUUCUCCAGAGACAAAUCACUCUACUGCAAUGCCUCAAUGUGAUUAUUGAGGAUAUUCUGGAGCAGGGAUCACAUACCAGAAAGAAGGGCCAGUCAAACAAGCAAUCCAGGAACGCUGCCACUGCUCCCCUUUCCAAAGCCGCCAAAAACCCAGCUGUGAAGCCUACACCCCAGGAGGUGGUUGCCAGUGCCCGCGAUCAAAAGUCAUCUCUUGAAGAAUACCUGUCGCUUCUUCGCUCAGAACCCACCGUUUUGUGUCCUGGAGUAAAUCAUCAGUUUUUCAGUCGUUCAGAGCUUGUUCCUGAUGAGAAAGGCCGAUCAUUGCCGGUUCAUACCGACAAAUACAUUGGCCCGGCUGUAUUUGAGGCCAUUCACCAAGCCGUUCAAGGUGUUGCUAUCUGGGACUCCAUCACUGGUCUCGUUGACCUUCUUCAGAAGCCAUCUACAGACAAACUCUACAAGUCCAUGGUCCUCCAAGAGUUAUCCAAUUUGUGCCAACUCGAGUACACUCGCACUCAGACCCUGUUCAAACGCCAGAUCUCCACAGGAAUGGGUUCCAAGUGGUUCAAACGACUUUCGAACGUGUACGACAACUUGGGCAAUGCUAAGCUCUCGAUGAAGGGCAAGCCGGAGGAACUCACCAGAUCGGAUCCUCAACUUCACUACCUAUUGCGUCUUUGCCAGCCCGAUGUCACUGCCGCGAAGGCUGUUGAGUGGAUGGAAAAGCUUGGCGAUCUUCACAGAUCUCACCCUGAGGACCGCGAGAAACUUUACGAGAGGGAAGACCGCACCUUGUACGACAUGGCCGCCAUAGUUGCUUUUGCCCAGGACUUUUCUUCCGUGUAUUCGCUACCUUCCCCCUCCAAGAAGAAAGGGCACUCCUUCGUUUCCGCUCUCCAAGAACUUGAGAUUGAGUUAAAUCUAUUGAAGAAGCAAGUCGAUCUGCGAGAUUACGCGGCUCCUAUUGACAAUCUUCUUGAGCCUGGUAUGUCUGCCAAGGCUCUCGAAGCAUUAGACGGGUUUGUUAUCGACAAGACAGGUACUAAGAUGGGGUUCCUUUACCAGGAUGAUUUGGAGAAAACGUUCAAGACCCUGGAGGAGCAGUAUCAACAAGCCAAGGAUAAACUGGCCAAGAACAGCAAAUCAGUUAUCCUUCCCAUCGACACUACUCCUCCAGACCCGGUGGAACGAAUCGAGAGUCGAAGAAAAAAGGAAAAGACGCGCCCAUCGCAUUCAUCCAUCUACGCCAUCACUCCCACCACCGAACCACUACCAGAGAAGGACUCUGCACCACCAGCACAACCCAUCAAGGUCAGCUCAACAACAGCAGAAGUCUUUGCCACGCUUUUUGACAAGAACCAAUCCCGAGGAUCAGUGAGCUGGGCAUCUUUCGAGGCUGCCAUGGCUGAGUUGGGAUUUUCAGUCAUUCCCAGAUUCGGGUCCGUCUAUACGUUCCGCCCUUCUGAGUCUAUUGCGGCCCAAAGACCUGUCAGUAUCCAUCGGCCUCAUCAGUCGCAGAUCGAGGGAUAUUUGACUCUGAUUCUUGCGCGACGAUUAAAUCGGGCAUAUGGGUGGAGUGAAACUUCAUUUGAGAGUAACUAG